AUGGUGUUGGGAUUCUCUAAGCUCAAUCUCCUCGGUCUUUUCCAGGCGUUCCAUCGGCUGUCUGUUAAAUAUUCGGCAUUUGUUGGGAUUGAUUUGGGGACAACCAAUUCGUGUGUGGCCUACCUGGAUAAUAGAAGACCCCAGGUGAUCCCAAAUGCCAAUGGCUCUCGUACUACUCCUUCAGUGGUUGCCUUCGUGAAUGGAAACAACCCGUCAGUUUUAGUUGGCAACCCAGCCAAGCGUCAGGCCAUGGCUAAUGUAAAGAACACAAUUUUUGCCGUCAAACGCCUAAUCGGCAGGCAAUUCAAUGAUAAUGAUAUUCAACAUGAUCUGUACCGUCUGCCUGUUGAUAUCAGGGAGUCAUCAAAUGGCGAGGUUCAGUUUGUUAUCGGUGAUAAGAGAUACACGCCCAGUGAAAUUUCAGCUUACAUCCUGCGGGAGAUGAAAUCAAUUGCAGAAAACUACCUUCGUUGUGAGGUGAAAGAUGCUGUCAUAACAGUGCCCGCUUAUUUCAACGAUGGUCAGCGUCAGGCCACUAAAGAAGCUGGUGAAUAUGCUGGUUUGACAGUGCAUCGAAUAAUCAACGAACCCACCGCAGCCGCUCUCGCCUACGGUAUCGAUAAGAGCGAGGAUAAAGUUGUUGCUGUUUACGACCUCGGAGGGGGAACCUUUGAUAUAUCUCUCCUAGAUUUAAGCAAGGGUGUCUUUGAAGUCCGAUGCACCAACGGAGAUACUCUUCUUGGAGGAGAGGACUUUGACAAUCUCCUUGUUGCUCAUAUAGUCGAUAAAAUCGGUACUAGGUAUGUUGGUGACGAUCUCUCAGCUCUUCAGCGGAUUAAAGAGGCCGCGGAGGAGGCAAAAAUCGCUCUCUCGGCGGAAACUCAGACUACUAUCAAUCUGCCCUUUAUAUCCGUCAACGAAUCUGGUCACCCGAUACACUUCGAGAUGAAACUCUCGCGAGGGGAAUACGAGACACUGGUAGGAGAUCUGGUAAAACGGACCAUUGGACCGUGUGAACAGGCUCUGAAUGAUGGGGAAGUGUCAAAGACAGAGGUCAGUGAGGUCAUUCUCGUCGGAGGCAUGACUCGGAUGCCGAUUGUAGAGGAGACGGUGCGACAAAUUUUUGGAAAGGAGCCCUGUAAAGGUGUUAAUCCGGAUGAGGCUGUUGCGCUUGGUGCUGCUAUUCAGGCGGGCGUGUUAGCGGGGGUGGUAGAAGAUGUGCUGCUGUUGGACGUGACGCCACUCUCGCUGGGGAUUGAGACGCUAGGGGGUGCGAUGGCUCGCCUUCUCGUGCGCAACACUGCAGUGCCCGCGCGGGUAACGCAGGUCUUCUCCACCGCAGUGGACGGUCAGACCAAGGUAGAGAUCAACAUCUACCAGGGCGAACGUGAAUUGGCGCGGGACAAUAAGUUGCUGGGCAACUUUAUACUGGCAAGUGUCAUGAAGCCCCUCUCUCUGCAUGUCGACAUCCCGCCCCAGCCACGUGGUGUGCCUCGCAUCGAGGUGACCUUCGACAUUGACGUCAAUGGCAUUCUUAAUGUCUCGGCGCGUGAUCAGCGUACCGGCAAGGAGCAGCGUCUCGUCAUCAAUUCCUCCACCGGCUUGUCCGCGCAAGCGGUUCGGGAGACGCUGGCGGUGGCGGAGAGCCACGCUGCACAGGAUCGAAGGCGUCGAGACGUCAUCGAGGCCUCCAGGGGUCUGCGCAGGCUCGCUGAGGAUGUGAUUUCUAAGGUGACUGAAUUUGGCGACCGAUUGCCCGCGGUUGAGGCUAAGGUAGUGAUGCACUUCUGUCAAGAGGACGUUCUUGCUCGUGUGGAGGAAUUGAAGACAGCAGAGGCCUUGGAGGAGUUGAGGCAUCUUAAUGAGGACCUCCAGAAGCGAGCGCUAGAUCUCUUCCAGAAGUCUGUUCGUAAGACAAACUUGCUGCGAAUUCCACUUAUGCACACUGUCUUGCCCCUCGAUGCAAAUAGCCUGGCUCUGACGGCGGAUCAUUGCGGAAAUGUGGGUGUCGGGCGAUAUCUCCGUCCUUUCUAUCUCUCUCAGAGUUAA